UUACUGAAAAGUGAUAAAUCUCACACCCAUCGCUUCUAUCUCAUGGCUUAAUAGUAAAACACCCAAUUGUUGAAUUUACCCGGGCGACGAACAAGUUGAGCUCUUGGCGCACCUCUGUCCAUGGCGUCUCUUCCUUUCACUCACUUUCUCCUCCUACCCAGGUGCCAUUCGGUUUGGCCCAAUAGCCGGUCGAUGAGUUUCGUGCAGCUUCAGGGUCUUAGAUUGCGUGGUAAAAAAGGGGGACUUGCAGCUCUCCCUAAAAAGAUAAACUCAGAGAACUCAGCUCUGGAGGGUUCCGUUGAAGAUGAGGAGGUGGUUGUGAAGAAGAAGACAUCUAGGACUCCUAGAAGAACCCGAAAGAAAGCAACAUCCGAUAAUGAGUCUUCGGAUGAGGAAACUGUCAUUUCUGCAUCUAGUGAAGAGACCAAGAAACCGCGUGGAAGAACUCGUAAGAAAGUUGCAUCAGCUUCCACAAGCGUGGAGGAAGAACAAACUGAGAAGAAGGUAAGGAAGAGAAGAACUAAGAAGAAGGACGAUGCGAUUGAGCAGCAGGUUAGUGACGGUGAACUUAGUGAGACUGAGGAUUUUACAUUCGUCAUGGAUAUGAAGGAUGAGAAUGAGGAAGACCUAGAAUUGAAAAUUGAUGAGGGAGAGGAUAUUAGCGAAACUUACGAUUGGCCUCCUCUUGUUUGUUGCUUUGGAGCCGCACAACAUGCUUUUGUGCUCUCAGGGAGGCCAGCCAACAGACUUGUAGAUUAUGAAAUACAUGAAAGAAAGAAAGAUGCGUUAUGGGCCCCUGAGAAAUUUAUUAGGUCUCCUGGGGGAUCUGCAGGCAGCGUUGCAAUUGCUCUUGCAAGCUUGGGAGGCAAGGUUGCUUUCAUGGGAAAACUUGGAGAUGAUCAGUUUGGUCAGGCCAUGCUGUAUUAUAUGAAUGUCAAAAAUGUUCAAACCCGUUCUGUUCGCAUGGAUACUAAAAGGGCAACUGCAGUAUCACAAAUGAAGAUUGGUAAAAGGGGUCGCAUGAAAUUGAGUUGUGUCAAACCAUGUGCUGAGGAUUCUUUAACAAAGUCAGAGAUCAACGUUGAUGUGCUGAAGGAGGCAAAGAUGUUUUACUUCAGCACAAAUUCUCUGCUUGAUCGAAACAUGAGGUCAACAACACUGCAGGCAAUCAAGAUUUCAAAGAAACUUGGAGGAGUUAUUUUCUACGAUGUAAACCUUCCAUUGCCACUAUGGCAGUCUUGUGAAGAAACAAAGUUGUUCGUACAGCAAGUGUGGAAUCUUGCUGAUAUUAUUGAAGUUACUAAGCAAGAGCUUGAGUUUCUCUGCGGGAUCCAGCCCUCUGAGGAAUUUGACACUAAAAAUAAUGACAGGUCAAAGUUUGUCCAUCAUUCACCAGAAGUGGUUGAACAACUUUGGCAUGACAAUCUUAAGGUUUUGUUCGUGACAAAUGGGACUUCGAAGAUACACUACUACACAAAGGACCACCAAGGUGCUGUUAACGGAAUGGAAGAUCCCCCCAUCAGUCCUUUCACUUCUGAUAUGUCAGCAUCUGGAGACGGCAUUGUGGCAGCUCUCAUGAGAAUGUUGACAGUUCAACCACAUCUUAUUACUGAUAAAGAAUAUCUGGAGCACUCAAUCAACUAUGCAAUCGAUUGCGGAGUGAUAGAUCAAUGGCUGCUUGGACAAGAACGCGGCUUCCCUCCGAAGGAAGACAUGGAAGAGGUGGUUCCUGAUUCAGACGGUAUAAGGUCGAUAACAGAAAUGGAAUAUCGCACUCUGACACCAGAGACUGUAAGUUGAUAAUCCUGGAGGUGUUGUAACUGAGAUAGCAUUACAAGUUAGUCACCAAUUUUGUAUGCGAUGGAUAGCAUUUAUAAGCAGAUUCAGAGCUAAAGAUUUGAAACCAUGUGUUAUAACUCGAUAGAUACUACGAAUGCUUCCAACUAUCUUAUAACAUUUUUCGUUAUUUCGCCCGAA